AUGGAACCAUAUGGGCCAUUCCACUCUGACGUGGAGCUUUGGGAUGCCCUUGCCAUGGCUUAUGACAAUCUACCUAAAGAUGUCUUCGAGAACUUGAAAAAACGCUUUCCAAAAAGUGAGCCGUUUGUGCUCACCCAUUGUGACCUUAACUUAGGCAAUAUCAUGGUUCGGAACGGACAAGUUGUUGGUAUACUUGACUGGGAGUAUGCUGCUUAUCUCCCUGUCUGGUACGAGUAUAUCUCGGCGUCUUUUGCAUUCACAGAAAUGGAUGUGGAAUGGAAGAAGGUGCUUCGAGAGCGUCUAGGUGUACAUGGUGACGCAUAUGAUGAUGCAAGGGCUCUUUGGAAGGACCUGAUUAGUCUGAAACAAUAUCCGAAUCUGGAUGAGAAAGGUCAAGAAGCUCUUGAGAGGCUAGCAUCAGUUUAG